AUGUUGAGUCUUCCAUUAAUACUACACAACCUAACACAAAAACUGUUGUGGCCAAGCCAGAAGAUUACUACCUCCUUUUUUCAAAUAAAAAGCAUUGAUGAUAUUCCAGAUUACAAUGAGGAUCAAGGACGCCAAAAGAUCCCCGAUGAGUUCAAUACGAUGCUUAAUAGGAAGUUUGUUUUCAAAGUUCAGAUUUCAAAGUUUAAUCACGAGAACAAUUAUCACGCCUACAUCGUUCAUAAGAUGACUGAUGAUGAACUUGUAGUUGAUGCACUUUUCAAACAUUCACCUGCAUACGAAGAAAACAUUAUUCAUUCUGAUGGUACUCCUAUCAACAAGUCUAUUAAGGAAAAUAAUGUUUCUGUUAAAGGUGACAAUAUUAAUGUUGUUGAUCUUGAUGCGGUGACACCAACAACUACUUCAUUGAAACACUUAUUAAGAUUGUUACCACCACUGAAUCGUUUGAAUGGUCUUCCUCAAAAGAUGGUGUUGCUCCUCAUACCCUUAAGAUUCCAAAAAUGGAAAAACUCGAAUAAAUUUAGCAGUAACGAUGUAGCUGCCCUGUUGAACAAAGUAGGCCUUAUAAUUUGGGACGAAGCCCUAAUGAUGCAUCGUCAUUGUUUCGAAGCAGCUAAUAGGACACUUACAGAUAUUAUCCUUCCUAAGAACAAUGAUAAACCAUUUAGAUGCAAGACCAUUGUAUUUGGAGGUACUAUCGGUGGUCCUAAUGAUGGUGAAGUUAAAGUUGAAUUUCCAGAAGAUGUGACCGUUCCCUCUACGAGUGACCAUAUUCAUUCAAUUGUCAAACCUCCACCGGCACCAGAGGUUGUGAUAAGCAGCGGUUUGCCUCGUUCCAAUGUCGGCGGAGCAGUCCCCACCGGAAGCUUCUCCAGAUCCGCGAUCGACAAGAAAUGGUUCGAGUGA